AUGGGAGCUCGGGCGCAGGAUCUCUGGAACAAUUGGUCCAUCCAGAUCCUGGUGCUCCUCAGCCUCGGCCUCCAGCUCGCCCUCUUCCUCCUCGCCGGCAUCCGCAGGCGUGGAGCGCACCCCGUGCUCUGGUUCUUGCUGUGGCUGGCGUACCAGCUGGGCGACUACACGGCGACCUACGCCCUCGGUCACCUCUCCCUCAAGGGCGCGGGGCGGGAGCACCCCAUCGUCGCGUUCUGGGCGCCGUUCCUCCUGCUGCACCUCGGAGGCCCGGACAACAUCACCGCCUACUCCCUGGAGGACAACAAGCUCUGGAAGCGCCACCUGCUACACGUGGUGCUUCAGGUGCUGGCGGCCGUGUACGUCCUCUACGAGCAUGUCUCCGGAAGGGGGCCGCUGCUCCAGCUCGCCUCCGUUCUGAUGUUGGCCGUCGGUGCGGUCAAGUACGGUGAGAAGACGUGGGCGCUCAUGCUCGGCAACCUGGACAGCAUCCGAGGCGCCGUCAAGAAGCAACCACCUGCCACGCACGGGCACUUUCACCCCCAGGAUCACGUGCUCAAGGGUGGAGUGUUGGACGAGGAGUCCCUUGUGCGACGGGCUCACUCGCUCUUCCACAUCUGCAAGCGUGCCAUAGUUGACUGUCCGGUGAUCGAAGACGCCUCAGACACCGCCAAGAUGGUGGACGUGGUGGAGUUCUGGCCAUUGAUGGAGACCGAGCUCUCCCUAAUGUACGACAUGCUGUACACCAAGGCAGCCGUCAUCCACACCUGGUUCGGCUACUCGGUACGUCUCGUCUCCCCGCUCGCCAUUGCUGCCUCGCUGCUUCUGUUUAGGCUCAUUAGCAAGGACGUCGCCCACCGCGGGGUCGACGUCGUCAUCACCUACGUCUUGUACGGUGGUGCCUUGUUCAUGGAGACGACGGCGCUGCUCAACGCGCUAGGCUCCUCCUGGACAUUCGCCUUCCUGAGUACCACGAGAUGGCGCUGGCUUCGGACCGCGGCUCUGUGCAAUGAAAGGUGGGACCGGCUUAGGCGUUUGGUCGCAUAUCUUCACCAUCUUGUGAGGCUAGGAGGAGGAAGCCGGUACAAGUCAAGAAGGUGGUCACGUACCAUGGGGCAGUUCAACAUGCUGCACUAUUGCACCCGCUCCGACGGUGCAUUCACGAGGCCUCUGCUCGGCAGGUUGGCCAGGAUGGUAGGACUGGGACUCAAUGAGUGGUGGAACAGGGAGCAUUACUCAUGGGCCAUUGAGAUGCCCGUACAUGUGAAGGAUUGCAUAUCCGAUCACAUGAAAAGAGUGUACAAGAAAGGGGUUGUGAACUCACUGGGCAUGCUCAGGAACAGGUGGGGCGAGGAACCACUGGUUCUCAGGAAACUCUUCCAUGGCAUACUCAAAGACUCACUCGGUGUUGAGUUCCAGGAGUGCAUCAUCAUCUGGCACAUCGGCAGUGAUGUUUUUCUCGCCAAGAGCCAGCGGGCCAAGGACGAAGAUGCAUCACUUGAUGUCGAUGCGAUCAAGGUGAUAUCCAACUACAUGAUGUUCCUCCUUGUGGCGACACCCGACAUGCUACCAGGCCUCUCCCAGAACAGGUUAUAUCAACAAACCUGCGAAAAUCUAGUCAAGACUAGACGAUCGACGCAUAGGCGCCAACACAUGAACCUUUGUGCUAAGCUCAAGAAUCUCUUCCGCCUGCACGAUGACCCCGGUUCUAGUUCCAGGGUCGCCGACAGAGAGGAGCUUGCAAGAAUCCUAUGUGCGAGCAAAGGCUUCAGCCAUGAUACUCCUCGACUGUCCUAUGUAGUUAGACUUGCCAAGCAACUGCUAAGGCAAGAGAAAGAUGGAACGGCUGAUUCCUUGAAACUUGUCCUAGAUGUGUGGACGGAUAUUCUUGUCUAUGCAAGCAACAAAUGCAGCAGGAAGGCUCAUGCCGAGAAGCUCAGCACCGGCGGUGAGUUGACAACCAUCCUUUGGCUCAUGGCAGAACACUUCUAUCAACUUUAUUUGGAGGAACUUAUCCAGAACGAGAAGGAUAAGUUACCUGUAGUAGAAGGCACCAAUUAG